CGUUUGAUUAAUAGUUGACAGUUGAAAGACGCCAUGGACGCGGAGAAAACUCCGCCAAUAUCACCUCUUUUUCUCUCUUUUUCCCUUCAAAGCUUUUUCUCUUCCUUUAUAUUGAAAUCUACUUAUUUGACCUCGAAAUCCCACUCUCAGUUUUACUCUCCUUUUUUCCCCUUUAUACGUUUAUUUUUUUCCUCUCACGUUUCCAAUCUUCGUGGCAUAUUUGCCAUAAAAGCAUUUGGAAGGAAAGGUUCUUUGAUUGAUCAUUGAAAAGCAAGACAUAUAUUGUUGUUUAUUAAGCAGCAUAUAUAUAAACCAUAAGUUUUUUUUCCCAAAUGCUAAAUUUUGCAAGAGGAAGAAGCCAAGCAAGGUCCAAUCGAUCAAUGCCCAUUGCAGUGAUGGAAUACCCUGAUCCUAAAAGGAAGAGCAAUAUUUUUGGGAAAUUACUUAUGGCUGCAGCACUUACAGCUUUGUGCAUUAUAAUGCUCAAGCAUUCUCCAUCCUUCAGUACUCCAACUCAUUUCUCCCGACAUGAAAAAGGGGUAACUCACGUGCUUGUAACUGGAGGUGCCGGAUAUAUCGGGUCGCAUGCUGCUUUACGUCUUCUUAAGGAGUCAUUCCGUGUAACGGUUGUGGACAAUCUUUCUCGUGGAAACAUAGGUGCCAUUAAGGUUCUACAAGAGUUAUUUCCAGAACCUGGAAGGCUUCAAUUCAUUUACGCUGAUCUAGGGGAUCCAGAUGCUGUAGACAAAAUAUUUUCUGAGAAUGCAUUUGAUGCUGUUAUACACUUUGCUGCAGUUGCAUAUGUUGGGGAGAGCACAACUGAUCCUCUAAAGUAUUAUCACAACAUUACUUCAAACACCUUGAUGGUCUUAAAAUCGAUGGCCGUCCACGGUGUUGGGACUUUGAUAUAUUCUAGUACAUGUGCCACGUAUGGUGAGCCUGAAAAGAUGCCGAUCACUGAAGAAACCCCGCAGGUUCCAAUCAAUCCAUACGGAAAAGCUAAGAAGAUGGCUGAAGAUAUGAUUCUGGAUUUCUCUAAGAAUUCGGACAUGGCGAUUAUGAUUCUAAGAUACUUCAAUGUGAUCGGAUCAGAUCCCGAAGGAAGAUUAGGCGAGGCUCCAAGACCCGAGUUACGUGAACAAGGACGGAUUUCGGGUGCUUGUUUCGAUGCAGCUCGUGGGAUCAUCCCCGGUAUAAAGGUGAAAGGAACAGACUAUAAAACACAUGACGGAACAUGCAUACGCGACUACAUCGACGUUACCGACCUCGUUGAUGCUCACGUUAAAGCUCUUCAACACGCAAAGGCCCAUAACGUUGGAAUCUACAAUGUUGGUACCGGAAAAGGAAGAUCAGUGAAGGAGUUCAUAGAGGCAUGUAAGAAAGCCACGGGGGUGGAUAUAAAAGUCGAGUAUCUUCCUCGCCGUCCCGGGGAUUACGCAGAAGUUUUCAGCGAUCCUACUAAGAUCAGACGCGAACUGAACUGGACAGCUCGGUUUACCGAUCUGCAGGAAAGCUUAGGGAUUGCGUGGAGAUGGCAAAAGGCACAUCGUAACGGAUACAGUUCGUUGUAGAUGAUGAUUGCUUGACUAGUUCAGUGUUGUUCUUCUAUAUUUGGCAUGGAAGGGAGGGAAAGUAGAGAUUAUAAUUUUCAACUGCUAUUAUAACCCAUUAUUUGGGUAUUUAUACAGAGCAUCCAAUUCAUCAUAUGUAUAACUAUAUUUAUUUUAUUUUAUUUAUUUUAUUUUAUAUAUCUUA